GUCUUUCAAAUGAAUGUAUCGCAGACGUGCAGACUGAUCAGUUGAGACAAGGCACUGAACCUGCUGUACCUCAAACAUAAAUAAUAUUCUUGUUCCAGCGUCGGACGAGUGGUUACAAUGGGGAAAAUUGAGUGGGCUAUGUGGGCAAAUGAACAAGCUCUAGCGGCUGGACUGAUUCUCCUCACUGGUGGCAUUGUGGGGGUAGCUGGCCAGUUCAGGGACUGGGAGUUUGCUGCGUAUGGAGUAGCUGCGGGGAUUUUUGUCUGUCUUCUGGAGUACCCCCGGGGGAAGAGGAACAAGGGCACUAGCAUGGCGAGAACGGGCCAGUACUGCCUGACUGUUUGUGUGAAGGUCUUCGGUCCGCUCACCAGCAACUACUACAUCAGAGCAUUACUCCAUGCUGUCAUCUGUGUUCCAGGGGCUUUUAUCCUGCCCACUGUGCUUGGCUGUGUCUGUCUGGCCAUAGCCAGCAUCAUCUACUUAAUAGCGGCUAUCCGAGGAGAACGCUGGGUGCCAAUUCUGCCCACGAAAGAGACGGGGAAGCCAUCGGGGGCAGGCAUUGAGGAGCCCCCCCAGAACCCGCCUCCCCGCCCCCCAGCGGAGGUGCGCAGGAAGCGGCUGGAGGAUCUGGAGGGGGCUGCGUACGUCAACCCCAUCCCUGUCACUGCCAAUGAAAUGUAACUUGACGCUGCUAGCUUUACAGGGCUCAGCUCUCCCAGGCUUAUGGCAGCUCAGUGUGGAGUGCAAACACAUCGUAACCGGACGUUGUUUAUAUGGCCGAUAACGGACAAAGUGCUGUGGAAACGAGAAGGUAGUGAAGUUACUGUAUGUGCAGCAAACCAUUUAGGCUUUUAAUGGUUAAUAAUUGUGAAUACUGUAUGUAAAGUCUUACGGGAGCUUGUUUCCAAUAUUCCCUUUUCUUUGAAUUUCCUACAAAACUUUCCGCAAGAUAGGAAAGUUGGUAAUCAACAGAAGUUUUACUUUCAUCCAUUUAAACAAGACAAAAUUGUUUUUUUCCUGGGACAUUUCAUGCUUUGCUUCCAGUUCUCUAUUUGGUAGAACAUUAUUUCAAGAUGAAAAAGUCUGUGAAAAGUGGAAUUUGGUUUUGUGUUUUGGACAUGAUGUGCAAUCUCAAUAUGUCCAUUAAAUAUUAUAUAAUGUUAGAUCUUUCACAUACAUUCAAAGAAACAUUUAGAAAAUUUCUAGACUAUACUCUGGAUUGUUUAUAUUGCAUGCGCAUUGUAAAGUAUACAUCAGGAAGGAAAGGAUACAAAAAAAACAAGGAAGAAAAGGACAAUGACAUAAGUGAAAUAGUUUCAGAGAUAAUAUUUGUGUUUCAGAGACACUAGUGAUAGGAGAUCAUUUUUUACCAUGUUUUGACUUAUUGUGUGCAUUCUUUUUUAUGUUUUUGACAUCAUCUGAAAGUAAUCCAGGCAGAUAUGGAUAGCAGAUAUGCAUUUUUUUACUUUGCUUUUCGCCAUUGUGUUAGAGAGGAACCAAAAGGGACAGGGACACCUACUGAGAAAUGAAGAGAUCAUGUUUCAGUGUCAUAUGCUGAGUUCAUAUGACCAAAGAUUGCACACAGACAUUUCCUCCUUAGAGCUCAGUGCAUUAUUUCCUGGAGUCAUCUUAUCUAUUUCCUGGUAUCAUGGGCUUGGCAAGGAGAAUAUGCUUCUUCACAAUGUCCAUGAAAGCAGGAACAAACAGAUGCUUUUCUUCGUUACUUUUUCAGAGGUAUAAAAUACUUAUUUCAGUCAUUCCACCAAGAUUUCUGUCCCUGAAAAGGGGUUAAAGUUCUGCAUGAUGCAGAUUGAUGGUGAAAAAAUUGGUUACUACAUUUUCUGUGCUGCUUUCAUUGCAAGUUACCUGUAGUAGAGUGCUGCUCUGUGGUGUAUUUUUUGUAUAAUGAAGUAUUGUAAUAUUUAACAUAAACCUUCAGAAGCCUUCUUUUCUGGUGAUAAACAAUACAACUAUUGUUUAUGAAAAUAUAAAUAUACUGCAGUGAAAGCAUUCAACCUUG